UCCGUCAGGGACACGAGCUGAUCUCGGUCCGGGUCUCUGCAGCUCAGCAGGAGUCAUGACUCUCUACCACGGCCGGUUCGGACCCCCCGCCCCGGGUCUGGGCCUCCCCGGACCCCCUCUCAUCUACCUGUACGGUCCGGACGGGCUGGCUCCGGGCCGCCAGGAGCCCCCCCAGAAGCCCCCCUACAGCUACAUCGCGCUGAUCGCCAUGGCCAUCAGGAGCGCGCCCGGGCAGCGCGCGACCCUCAGCGGGAUCUACCAGUUCAUCAUGGACCGGUUCCCGUUCUACCGGGACAACAAGCAGGGCUGGCAGAACUCGAUCCGGCACAACCUGUCCCUGAACGACUGCUUCAUCAAGGUGGCCCGCGAGAAGGGCCGGCCCGGGAAGGGCAGCUACUGGACCCUGGACCCCAGCUGCCUGGACAUGUUCGAGAACGGCAACUUCCGGCGCAGGAAGAGGAAGACCAAGAGCCAGCAGGAGGUUCUGGACCCCGGAGACCCCGGACACAAGCGCGUCAAGGCUCCGGGGCCACCUGGACAGCCUCGGACCCCCAGGAGCGCGCAGGGACCCCGAGAGGACCAAACAGAACCCAAACUGGUUCUCCUCACGAAGCAGCAAAGACACAAAGUCCUCCCGAACCUGGACCCGGACGUGUCCUCGGAGAGGGGACUGGAAGACCCACAGACCGAGCCGCGUUCCGGUCCGCUGUGGACUGGUGUCCAGCGGGGCCAGGAGGAGGACCGGAGCUGCCCAGUCAGCUCAAAAACAAAUGUUCCGAGGCUGAAUGGACCGGAUGUUCCGAGAACAGAGAGGUCCAAAUGUUUCACCAUCGACAGCAUCUUAUCCCGGAGCUCGGAGGAGGCGCGCAGCCGCAGUGUGGACCAAUCAGCGGAGGUCCUCAGCGCUGCUCCUCAGCAUCACUGGUACCGGUUCGGACUCCCGUUCUGCUCCUACCUGAGCCUCACCUGCCCGGAACCUGCGCUGCUUUUCAAAUAAACUCCGCCCUUUUUGGAUUUUACGCACAGAUGCGUAAAAGUCUGAAGAAUCUGAGCAGAUGUUUUAUUUUUAAAUAAUUAAAAACUGUGGAUCUGUGUCAUCUUCAUCAUCCUCUAUCUCCUCAUCCUCAUCUUCAUCAUCCUCAACACCAUCAUCUUCAUCAGUGAUGUGCUGACAGGAUGGCGGGAAACUCAUCUUUACGCAUGCGUAAAUAUUAAGGAGCAAAACAAGAAAUGACCCAAAGUUUUUGUCUAAAUGUUUAUAAAAACGUAUGAUUUUUUUUACUUAAUAAUUAUUUUUGAUGUUUUGUAAUAAAAAAACAUCA